GGUUCCAUCGCAUCCUUCGGAAUGCGGAGCCUUCCCACAUGGCAGUUGCUCAUGACGUGAUAAAUCCCCCGUUAUUUGACUAUAUCAUUUAAUGUAUGGAAAAGUGAAUGAUUCGUGGGGUGGUGCACGUAUGUAGCUCAGUCCCUCACGCGCUCACCCUGAUCUUUCCUGAUCAGUUCACCGCCUCCCCUGGGUUCUCCUGCCUGCUGUGCCUGCACGAUAGCGUAGCAUGUUCCUGAAUGCUAACGGUGCAUCACAGCCACGAGAUCCAACAACUGCCAAUGACGGAUGCAUACCGACACGGGUUAAUUGGGUCAUCGGGAUUGCGGUGGAGGCGGCUUGUGUUUAUAUUAACGAUUCGGCCGCUGGAAAUUGUGUCGUGGAGCUGUGGUGGGUGCAGCCGAAAUGUUUGAGGCGAAGGAUGGUGGUCGUUUGCGGCGAAGUGUUUUUCUUAUUAUUUAUUUUUAUCUGUAUGAACGAGCUUGUUGUGGAUCCUUCAAGGGCUUGAGGAUCGCGAAAUCCAAGAGCUGAAAAGGAUCGUCGCCAGCGAAUGUGGUAACACUCUUGCAUGAUGUAUUGUUCUUCACAUUUUAGUGAGGUCCAAUCCAAGGUGCAUCAAUAGCAGGAACUGGUAGCGUUGAGGGGCGUUGGGAGAGAAGAUGGCGAGUGGCGAAAAGAUCGAUCAGGACGCUAAGCGGAGAGGGAUUUUUACCUACGAGGCGCCAUGGGCCGUCUACGGAAUGAACUGGAGCGUGCGGAAGAACAGCAAAUUUCGUCUUGCUGUAGGAAGCUUCAUUGAGGACUACAGAAACAAGGUGGAGAUUGUGCAAUUGGACGACGAUAGUGUGAAUUUUUCUGCCGAUCCAAAGCUCUCCUUCGACCACCCAUACCCGGCUACAAAAAUCAUGUUCAUCCCCGACAAGGAGAGCGAGAAGCCCGACCUAUUGGCGACCACGGGCGACAAUCUCCGCAUUUGGCGAAUUGAAGAGGACAAAGUGGAGCUCAAGAGCUUGCUAAACAAUCGACAGAACAGCGACUACUGCUCUCCGCUCACCUCGUUAGACUGGAACGAAUCCGACCUCCGGAGGCUCGGGACAAGCAGCAUCGACACAACGUGCACCAUCUGGGACAUCGAGUCGGGCGUCGUGGACACGCAACUUAUUGCCCACGACAAAGAGGUCCACGACAUCGCAUGGGGCGGGAUCGGCGUCUUUGCAUCGGUAUCAGCGGACGGCUCCGUUCGAGUCUUCGACCUCCGAGACAAGCAGAACUCCACGAUAAUCUACGAAAGCCCGCAGCCAGAUUCCGCACCUCUCCUACGCUUGGGAUGGAAUAAAGAAGACCCUCGCUUCAUGGCAACAAUCCUCAUGGACUCGUCGAAGGUCGUGAUACUGGACAUCAGAUACCCUACCGUCCCAGUCUCGGAGUUACAGCGGCACCUGGCUAGCGUGAACGCCAUAGCCUGGGCUCCUCACAGCGCUUGCCACAUUUGCUCGGCUGGUGACGAUUCCCAGGCUCUGAUUUGGGAUAUGUCAGCCAAGGCUGUCGAUGGAGGAUUGGAUCCAAUUCUAGCGUACACGGCAGGAGGCGAGGUCAAUCAACUACAGUGGUCGGCGUCACAUUCCGAUUGGGUUGCCAUCGCCUUCGGAAACAAGCUCCAAGUUCUCCGAGUGUAAUCUUAAUCUUACUUUUUUAGUCAAGUGCGACCAAUACACCCAUAAGUCAAACAGGUAACCCUCCGCAUUGCAUAUAAGCUGGAUUUGAUUUAGUUCACAGAAAAAGAUUCAAGAAUUCUUCUGCAGGGCCUGCCAUUACUUGAUCCUUCAGUCAAUGUCAACUUCAUCCCCCUUGUCUUCCAUGUC